AUGUCAUGUAAUAGUUUUUUCGUUUUUUGUGCAAAUUCGAAAAAGGAGAAGAAGGAUAAGAUAUUGGAAAUCACUCCACAGGGUACCACACCAUUACCUUGUUCAAGACAGUCGAGGAUGAGGGAUGAGAACGGUUCAACAAGGACAAGAGGGGGUAGUAGAGGAAUUAAAAGCAGUAAAGAGCCAGAUUCGACGGAUGAUGCAUUCAAAGAAAUGGCGAAACGUCUUGCGAAGAAAGAUAAGCCUGAGAAAACUUUGGAUUUUAUUUGAUUUAAAAUUAGAAGUUUU